AUGAUAAAAAACUAUUUGGGACGAAGAUGGCUCAAUAAUCCUGCAAUUCAAGCAUAUGUGAAACAAAAUGCUGCUGUCGCCCAUUCUACGGUGUUUCAAGGAAAUCUUUAUGAAUAUACGGUGAUGAGGGAGUUAUCUGAGAAACUACGAAUGACAAAGUUGAGAAAAACCGGUGGCGCCCAUGAUGGUGGCGUAGACAUAAAGGGAAGCUGGCCAGUAGAUGAUAUUUAUUGGAAAAUUUCAUCGUUAAUGCCCAAUUUGGAAAUGGCUAGUAACAUAAAAAGAACGAACUCGCAAAAUGGCUUCGUAUUGAAACCUUUAAAGUAUAGGAUAAUCGACCAUACUUUUGAACCAUUGAAAGUACUAGUCCAAUGUAAGGCUUUCACUAAAUCAAAAUUAUCUCCUAGAGAAUUCCGUGAGUUAGUAGGAACAUUCACCUCACUAGUAUCACAUAGUCAACGCAACAAAACAGUAUGCAUUAUGUGUUCCCCUCAUAUGUUAACAAAAGAUACCUUAAAUCUUAUCAAUAACAUCACGCUUCCUCUGAUAUAUUUACGUGUUGAGAUGCUGAAAGAGAAGACUGACGGGCACUUUGACUUAAUCAAUUCAGGAAAACUAAUUAAUUAUUACGAGAAUUCAUACGCCUCUACGUUAAUGCAAGAUUGCAAGAUUUCUGAAUGGCUGAAGUUGAAGUUGUACAAAAAUAGUGACUUUAAUUCGGAAAAAUAA